CCGGCCCUGGAGCGUGGGGGAGGAGCUUCCGGGGGCGACGCUCAGGCCCCCUCGGAACCGGAAGUUGGGCCUGGGAUCCUUGACGUUAGGAACGAAGUCGAACCUGGAUCUGGAGCCGGAUUCCGGCUCCCGCUUCCUGCCCCAAGCCUGUUGAAGGGCGCGAGACGCUCGAUCUCCAUGCUUUAUGGACCAGCCCUCUCGUCGUGGCCCGAGAAGCUAGCUUGACUUCUUGGUCUUGAUUCCCGGCGCUCCCAGCCUCCACAGCUCGACUACCUUCAGAGUUCUAGGAAGCUUGCCCCGCCCCCUGGGUUGUCACCCUCGGCUGUCUACCCAGAAUGAAGUCCAGACUUGAGCCUUACUCCAAACUCUUGGGUGUGAGAUUAUUUCCUGGCGAAGAAGCUCCUUUCCUCCGCUCCCCGCCCCCACACUGAUUUAGGAAGAUACAGGGGCAGGGGACAUCUGUCAAGCUUAGUGUUUGUGACCUGUGCAAGGUUUAGGAUUUGGAAGAACAGCUCUUGAGAUGGGUUUAAGAUUAAAGAAUUCUAGUCCAGGAGCAGCUCAGCUUUUCUAUUAUCAAGAUGACCCUCUUUAGCAAAUGGGAGAGGCCCAUUGUUCCACUACAGCAUCUGUGAACUCUCCUGCUUCCUGUGCCCCAUCUGUGUAUAGGGUAGUUGAAUGAUAAGGCGUUCAGAUGUGAUCAGAUAGUCUUGUUCUUGGAAGGACCCCGGAAAGGCUCUCACAUUCAUUCCUCUGUUGCUGGGUGAGAUUGUCAUAAUUUUAGUGGUGGCCUAUAUUCAUGACAAACAUAAGGAGAGCAGAAACGGGAUAGUUGGGAGAAGUGAUGGGAUUUGGAAUACUCCAAAUCUGCUUGAAGUCCCUCUGCUUGAAGGAUAGGUGAAUGAUCUUUUUACAUGAAAUCUUUGUCAUUGAUCCUUGAACUGUUUUCCUAGGUUAUUGUGAGAAGUUUUUGUUCCUGGCCUGCACUUACUGGUGUCUGUUACCUUGCUAGAGUUUUGGGUGUCCUUUGCAUUUAAUGAUUUUAAUGCUUUAGUUUUCAAAUCCAUACAUUCUUUUGGUGGAAAGACUGGGGAUGGAGUAGCAUUUGAAUUAUUGCAGUUCAGCCAAAUAAUUUAUUUCUCUGAUCAGUUACUCUAGAAUUUGUCUUUUGAGAAGGAGGGAAUUUAACUGAUCUGUUUUGUAUGUGUAGCCUGAGUGAUGGAAAAUGACUAGCACUUUAGAGGGUAUUCAGUGUUUGUUGAAUGAAUGGAUGCUAGGGUGAAUGAAUGGAAAGUGGGAACAUUGUUUCAUUUACUUAUAAUAUCACAGUAGUUCAUCAGUGGCAGGACUCCUUGUGUGACUAGACACUAGAAAUCAUACCACUGGGGAAUGGAGGCUAUUCCCCAUUCCAAUGGGGCCUAUCUGAAGUUGAAAUUUAUACCCUCCUGGCAGUGACAAAGCAUGGGGUUCACAUAACAAAUCCUUACUUUGAGGAGGUAAUGUGGCUACUGGCUGGGGCAGAAAAUUACAAAGAUCUUGUGGUAGUAUGGGAACAAUUAGGCUGAUAACUGCCUGAUAAGGUCAGUCCUUUUUUUAUCUAUACUUUCUACCCUGAAUAGUUGUUCUCUCUUUAGGAAGUUGAUUUUGACUAAUAUCUCUCUUCUCUCUCAUCUAUUAGGUGAGACCAAGUUGGGGAUGCACUCAUAAUGAACGUCAACCAGUCAGCUCCACCUGUGCCGCCAUUUGGGCAGCCCCAGCCUGUCUACCCAGGAUAUCAUCAGUCUAGCUAUGGUGGGCAACCAGGGUCCACAGCACCCCCAACUUCCUAUGGAGCCUACAAUGGCCCAGUACCAGGCUAUCAGCAAACACCUCCCCCAGGUGUGUCAAGAGCCCCACCUUCUUCAGAGGCACCUCCAGCCUCAACAGCACAGGCCCCUUGUGGCCAGGCUGCUUAUGGCCAGUUUGGCCAAGGAGAUGUACAGAAUGGGCCGAGCUCCACUGUUCAGAUGCAGAGGUUCCCUGGGUCUCAGCCAUUUGGGUCAGUCCCAUUGGCCCCUGUGGUCAGCCAGCCAGCUGUGCUUCAGCCCUUUGGCCCUCCCCCGACAAGUGCACAGGUGACUGCUCAGCUGGCAGGAAUGCAGAUCAGUGGUGCUGUGGCUCCAGCCCUUCCCCCUGUGGGGCUGGGCUAUGGCCCACCAACAUCGCUGGCCUCAGCCUCAGGAAGUUUCCCCAACUCUGGUCUGUAUGGCUCCUAUCCUCAGGGCCAGGCUCCUCCCCUUAGCCAGGGCCAGGGUCAUUUUGGGGCCCAGCCUCCCCAGCGAUCUGCCCCACCACAGGCCUCCAGCUUCACAUCCCCAGCUUCAGGGGGUCCUCGGAUGCCUUCGAUGACUGGUCCACUCCUGCCUGGACAGGGUUUUGGGGGGCCCUCUGUGAGCCAGCCCAACCAUGUGUCCUCACCUCCUCCUCAAGCUCUGCCUCCUGGCAGCCAGAUGACUGGGCCCCCAGGACCACCACCACCUAUGCACUCCUCCCAGCAGCCAGGCUAUCAGCUGCAACAAAAUGGUUCCUUUGGACCAGCCAGGGGCCCUCAGCCCAAUUAUGGAAGUCCCUACCCAGGAGCAUCCACUUUUGGCAGUCAGCCUGGGCCUCCUCAACCACUGCCUCCUAAGCGCCUGGAUCCUGAUGCCAUCCCAAGCCCUAUUCAGGUUAUUGAGGAUGACAGGAACAACCGGGGUUCAGAGCCAUUUGUUACUGGAGUACGGGGCCAGGUGCCACCCUUAGUCACCACCAACUUCCUGGUGAAAGACCAAGGGAAUGCAAGUCCCCGAUACAUCCGAUGCACAUCCUAUAAUAUCCCUUGCACAUCUGACAUGGCUAAACAAGCCCAGGUGCCUCUAGCAGCUGUCAUCAAGCCACUGGCAAGGCUGCCACCAGAGGAGGCUUCACCGUAUGUCGUGGACCAUGGGGAAUCUGGCCCUUUGCGCUGCAAUCGCUGCAAAGCAUAUAUGUGCCCCUUCAUGCAAUUCAUUGAGGGAGGGAGGCGCUUCCAGUGCUGCUUUUGCAGUUGUAUCAAUGAUGUUCCCCCCCAGUAUUUUCAACAUCUGGAUCAUACCGGCAAACGUGUGGAUGCUUAUGACCGUCCUGAGCUAUCGUUGGGCUCUUAUGAAUUCUUGGCCACUGUAGAUUACUGCAAGAACAAUAAGUUUCCCAGCCCUCCUGCCUUUAUCUUCAUGAUUGAUGUCUCCUACAAUGCCAUCAGAAGUGGUCUUGUUAGGCUCCUCUGUGAGGAGCUCAAGUCACUGUUAGAUUUUCUACCUAGGGAGGGUGGAGCAGAAGAGUCCGCAAUCCGUGUUGGCUUUGUCACCUAUAAUAAGGUGCUCCACUUCUACAAUGUGAAAAGCUCAUUGGCCCAGCCACAGAUGAUGGUUGUAUCUGAUGUGGCUGACAUGUUUGUGCCACUGCUGGAUGGCUUCCUGGUCAAUGUCAGUGAGUCUCGGGCAGUCAUCACCAGCUUAUUGGACCAGAUUCCUGAAAUGUUUGCAGACACCAGAGAGACAGAGACAGUAUUUGCUCCAGUUAUCCAGGCUGGGAUGGAGGCUCUAAAGGCUGCUGAGUGUGCAGGGAAGCUGUUUCUGUUCCACACCUCCCUGCCCAUUGCAGAGGCCCCAGGGAAACUGAAGAACAGAGACGACAGGAAGUUGAUCAACACAGACAAGGAGAAGACUCUGUUCCAGCCUCAGACAGGUGCCUAUCAGACCCUGGCCAAAGAGUGUGUGGCCCAAGGCUGCUGUGUAGACCUCUUCCUCUUCCCUAACCAGUAUGUGGAUGUGGCCACGCUCUCUGUUGUACCCCAGCUCACUGGUGGCUCUGUCUACAAAUAUGCUUGCUUUCAGGUGGAGAAUGACCAGGAACGGUUCCUGAGUGACCUGCGUCGGGACGUACAGAAGGUUGUUGGCUUUGAUGCUGUGAUGCGUGUUCGGACAAGCACUGGUAUCCGUGCUGUAGAUUUCUUUGGGGCUUUCUACAUGAGCAACACAACAGAUGUGGAGCUGGCUGGGCUGGACGGGGACAAGACGGUGACUGUGGAGUUCAAGCAUGAUGAUCGGCUCAAUGAAGAGAGUGGAGCCCUCCUGCAGUGUGCUCUGCUCUACACCAGCUGUGCAGGGCAGCGACGGCUCCGCAUCCACAACCUGGCCCUGAACUGCUGCACCCAGCUGGCUGAUCUGUAUCGAAACUGUGAGACUGACACACUCAUCAACUACAUGGCCAAGUUUGCAUACCGGGGGGUCCUAAAUAGCCCUGUGAAGACUGUUCGUGACACUCUCAUCACUCAGUGUGCCCAGAUCCUGGCCUGUUACAGAAAGAAUUGUGCCAGCCCCUCCUCUGCAGGACAGUUGAUCCUUCCUGAGUGCAUGAAGCUACUCCCAGUUUACCUGAACUGUGUGUUGAAGAGUGAUGUCCUGCAGCCUGGAGCUGAAGUCACUACUGAUGACCGUGCCUAUGUCCGACAGCUGGUUACCUCCAUGGAUGUGGCCGAGACCAAUGUCUUCUUUUAUCCUCGGCUCCUACCAUUGACAAAGUCUCCCAUUGAGAGUGCCACUGAACCACCAGCAGUUCGAGCAUCUGAAGAGCGUCUGAGCAAUGGGGAUAUAUACUUGCUGGAGAAUGGGCUCAACCUCUUCCUGUGGGUGGGAGCAAGUGUCCAACAGGGUGUUGUCCAGAGCCUCUUCAGUGUCUCCUCCUUCAGUCAGAUCACCAGUGGCUUGAGUGUUCUACCAGUUCUGGAUAAUCCACUGUCCAAGAAGGUGCGAGGCCUCAUUGAUAGCUUAAGAGCACAGAGGUCACGGUACAUGAAGCUUAUCGUGGUGAAACAGGAGGACAAGCUGGAGAUGCUGUUCAAGCACUUCCUGGUGGAAGACAAGAGCUUGAGCGGGGGAGCAUCCUAUGUGGACUUUCUCUGUCAUAUGCACAAGGAAAUUCGGCAGCUACUGAGCUAGAGCAAGUGGGUAAAUGGCAUAGGGUCCCAGGCCAGCUUCCAGAAAGUACACCAGGAUGGCAGAGAAAUUGGAACAGUUCCAUUAUCUUAUAAGUCAUGUAAGCUGACCUCAAUCUCUCUGGGGGGAGGGGGAGGUAUAAGGAGACACCUUUCUGGAAUCAAGUAUCCUACCACUCUGUCAUGUCCUGCUGAUGGAAGGUGCCCCUAUCCCCUCACUUUACCCUCCUUUUCCUGCUAAUCCUGUCGUAAUGAAUGUAGUUUCUCAGUUCACUGUAUAUGAUUCGGUAUUGGGGGAUUUGGAGGCACCCAGAUUCUGGCAAUAUUAUGUGUCCCCUUAGACCAGCCUCCAAGAAGAGAGGGGCAGGCAGGAAGGAGUGGGAAUCCCAGGGGUACUAUACGGGGGUGGGUAGGGGCUAAUUCAGCUCAGUGUCAUCAAAAACUUCCUAUAUUAGGGACGAAACAUUCAGGUGCACAAGAGCUGGGGUAUAGACCAUAGAUGGUGGAGAGAAAAGUGGUUGGUCAGUCCUUUUUGGGCCUGGAAGUCAGCAGCCAAGUCAAAGUUGGAGAGUGGUUGAUUAGCUCUUCUGUCUCCUGCAAUGAUUGGUGAUCACUAAGUGGAUAGAGGCACAUUGUCAGAGAUGAAUGAGCCUGGGAAGUGAGUUGCAAAGAAUAUUAAGACCUGGGAGAGGUAACAGCCUCUUUCCCAGCUGGAGAGGCUCCAACACUGGAUGGUUCUGUUGGGAGCCUGGUCAUCAAUUUGCAAUACCUCACAGAGCCAGCCCCAUCCCACUCUGAGCUCCCACUGGAAACACUGCUUCUCCAAGCUGGGAGUUGUUGAGAGGGGAGAGGCAGAGGUGGCUGGAGCUCUGUUCUCUCCUGCCGGGACACCAUUCAAGCUCUGGUAUUGACAGAGUGGCCGACCGUUAUCUUCCAACCUGAACUGGCUGGGGCAGGACAAGGGCUAGGCUUGAUGGUGGCCAGGCUUGCCUGCUCCCAGCCUGGGAUGCCCCUGCUCCAGACCUCUCAUUUCUCUUCAUUGGUUUAUUUUUCAAUGCAUCUUUAAUUUGUAAAGAAGUAAAAUAAAUUAAGAUGUAACAAUUA